CCUCUCCCAGUCCCAUGGAGAUGGGUUUUAAGCUGCAGCUGAGCUCUUUGGAGGGGAAGGAAGUGGGGCCUGCUGGCGCGGGGGUCUCUGGGGAUGGUGGGCUCUGGAGUGGGGGGAGCAGAUCGGGUCUGAGCCCAGGUGGCUGCUGUUCUCACCCCCACAGGAGCUGCCUUGGGGCAGGGAUCCCAGCCCAGAGCUGGUUUCGUCUGCUUGCUUUAUUGGCCAGCACAGGGAAUGUCUGACAUGAAGCAAUUGCUCUGGAGUAUCCCUCCCAGCCCCCAGCCCGGAUGAGCAGCCAGAGGAGCAUGCCGGUGUCAUCUUACAUGCCUUAUAUAGCCUGCAAGCUGCUGGGGAGAGCUUGGGGGAGGGUGGCUGGGAUCCUGCCCAUCACCUACCCGUGGGGGUGUGGAGCUAGAUUUGGGGGCUAAGUCGCCAUCCCUUGGUGCUGGCCUCUCCAUGGGUUUGGAGGGAGAGGAGAGGCCGGAGGCCUUGCUCCAGCUCCUGCCAGAUGAGCUUCAGAAAUGAGCAGCAUGGACUCCUAUAAAGUGAUGCUGGAUGGGCCGGCGCCCUGGGGAUUCAGGCUGCAGGGGGGCAAGGACUUCAACAUGCCCCUCUCCAUCUCCAGGCUGACCCCCGGUGGCAAGGCAGCCCAGGCCGGCGUGGGAGUGGGCGAUUGGGUGCUGAGCAUCGAUGGGGAGAACACCAGAAGCAUGACUCACAUCGAAGCGCAGAACAAGAUCCGUGCCUGCGGAGACCAGCUUUCCCUCAGCCUGAGCAGAGUCCAGUGCCUCCUGGGGAAGCCACACAAGGAUUCAUUCCCCUGCUCUCAGCCCCCGAAAUAUAACUUCGUUCCUAGUACCACCCUCAACAAAACGGCACGGCCCUUCGGGGCCAGUCCCACGCCCAACUCGCUGCCUGGGCUGGUGACGAAACCUGUGACGUACUCGGCCCCCGCGCCCGCCUGCACCCCCCAGCACAAUGGCCAGGUGUCUGGGCUGGACCUGUCUUCGGUGACUGUGCUGAAGGUGGAGCCUGAUCACGGUUCUGCAGCCCCCAGGGCCCCAGCUGCUCCAGGCCCUGCCAGCCGCCCGCCCUGGGCUGUGGAUCCUUCCUUUGCUGAGCGCUAUGCCCCCGACAAGACCAGCACCGUGCUGAGCAAGCACAGCCAGCCGGCCAUGCCCACGCCCAUGCAGAACCGCAGCUCCAUUGUCCAGGCCGCGCAGCAGCCCCCCGAGGGCACCAGCAAAACCCCCAUCUGCUACCAGUGCAACAAGGUCAUCAGGGGACGCUACCUGGUGGCCCUGGGGCAUUACUACCACCCGGAGGAGUUCGCAUGCUGCCAGUGCAGGAAGGGGCUGGAUGAGGGAGGCUUCUUCGAGGAGGGGGGCUCGGUCUUCUGCCCCAAGUGCUACGACAUGCGCUACGCUCCCAGCUGUGCCAAGUGCAAGAAGAAGAUUGGUGGGGAGAUCAUGCACGCUCUGAAGAUGACCUGGCACGUGCAGUGCUUCACCUGUGCCGCCUGCAGGACUCCCAUCCGCAACCGCGCCUUCUACAUGGAGGAGGGGCAGCCCUACUGCGAGAGAGACUACGAGAAGAUGUUCGGCACAAAAUGCCGUGGCUGCGACUUCAAGAUUGAUGCUGGUGACCGGUUCCUGGAGGCACUGGGGUUCAGCUGGCAUGACACCUGCUUUGUCUGUGCGAUCUGCCAGGUCAGCCUGGAAGGGAAGACGUUCUACUCCAAGAAGGACAAACCCCUCUGCAAGAGCCAUGCCUUCUCCCAUGUGUAAGGGGAGGCUCCAGCUGCCACACCACACACAUUGGCCCUGCACGCAUCUCUGUCUGCCCCUUCUCUCUUGCUCCAUGGGGCCCCAGGGAGAAGGGGUUGGAGCCACCCCUCCCUCUGCCGCCUCUGGCCUGGGCAGCACCUUGCUCUGGCCUACCUUAGAGGCAAAGCUGAGCCUGCUGCUCUCUUGACCCUCAAUGGCCUGUCUUCUCUCUGAACUAUGUGCCCCCUGCCCCUCUGGUGGUCUCAGCUGGGCCUGCAGGGAGACCAGGCUCUUCUGGGGCCGCCUGUCCCCUUCCUUCUGUACCCACAACCAGCUGAGCCAGGCACCUCGCCUGGGGGCUAGACCUAUCCCAUGCUGAGCCCAAAGGUGGGAGAGGCUUGCUGGAGCAGGGCUGCUCUGACCCUAAGAGGUGACCAGCCUGGGUGCCAGCUGGAUCUAUCCUUCCCAUCCCCUGGCCCAUGCCUGGGACUGGUGCCUCUCACCUGGCCAGGCUGCUAGGUGGCUGGAAGCUGUGGUGUGGAUGAGGGAAUCCUGCAGGGUUGCUCUGUUUCUCCCUUACCAGGGGCCAUGGCUCAGCAUCUCCCUGGCCUUGCUGCAAGCCCCCAGGCUCACUGUGCAGGGAGCCCUUGCUUCAUGGGCAGGACACAAGUACAGUCCCUGAGCCCAGGCCUGCUUGGUGCCUGCUCUUGGUUGUCCUGGAAGGAGCUAGUCCACACCAGCCACGUGGCCACAGCGAAAACUACUGGCCUUGUUCCCUGCCGCCAUGCAGCUGCUAUCCUGCCUGGACCACUCGCCUAUCCUGGCCCCACAGCCCCAUGCUGGGCCUGUGCUGAGAGGUGGGGUGGGUCUCUGCCCCGGGCUACCCAGUGCCCUCGGUGAAGGCUUUUCCCAGCUCCAGCCCUACCGUGUCCCAGGCUGAGGCACACUUGCUGCCCCUGUGGGACUGACCCGGACUCUGCAAACGGGGAGGUGAGGGGAAGCUGAAACCUGUCUGGAAGAGGACGCCCUUCACCCUGCCUGCAGAAGCUGCUACUUCACUGGUGGGGCUGCGGGGCAAGGAGCUGGGCCCUCUACGAAACAGGCAUCGACGGGCCAUGACCUGGGAAAUGAGUUUGCUGGCAGCUUGGCCGCCUUGCCCAGAGCUGCCCUGCCUGUGUGGGGCAGUGCUUGGUGUAGCCACAGUGCUUUUAGUGCCUUAAUAAACACGUCUCUGACAAGUG